GAUGACGUAAGUAUGACGUCAUUAUGGUCUCACUAUGGCGUUAGUGUGUUAGUAAACAAAUGGACUGUGUGAUACCGAAUGAGAUAAUUAUCGUUACAUUUAGCGGAGACAGCUAGCGAUAUUUUUGACACGUAAAAGAUGAACAAAUAACUACAUUGUUUUAUGAGAGGUAUUUUAAUUUUACAUUAGAAAUAAACAAUUUGUCUUGACUGCAUCUUUUCGGCUGUUGUGUUUAAAAUAAACUUGAUUAUCAAUCAUUCUAAACCAAAUGAUGGAUUCAAAUAGACUGCAAAAAAUACAAAAAAUACGCGCUAGAGUGAGAGCCAAUACUGGAACCACAACACCAUCUGUGGGGAAAAAAGCAACAAGCAAUUUGACAAGUGUAAAUAAAGAGAAACUGAAACGCCAUGCAAUUCGAACGAAAGGCAAGAGAUUUAUCACAACAAACAAAAUGAAAGACUGUCUUGGAGGCGUCUACAAGUUCUUCAUCGCCGAGGCGGAUCAGUACCGCACGUGGAAGAUGUUCUUAGGGUUUCCUUUUGGCGCCCUCUUGGGAUACGGUCUGUUCCGCCUUGUGAUCUCUCCCAUGGAGUUACCGGAAGUGACGCGGCAGUUCCUUGGCGCCGUGUUGAUUUUCGGAAUCGCGGCCAGUUUCGCCCUCUUCGUGGGCGCCCGCUGCGUCUGUUUCCUGUUGAUUCCCACAUUUAUGGGCGCGGCCGGAAGAUCGUACAUCGGAACUUUUGCGAUCUUCUUUUUGCUUCAAGGUCCUAUCGAGAAUAUCGUUAACAACACACAAGAAAUCACUCGGACUCUUGCCUGCUCUGCGGAGCUUUCCGCUAACCAAACCAUGACUAAGUGGCAAUUCAGGUUCGCACCCAUUGGAAACGUCUUCAAAGACAUGCAGGCGGAGGGUUUCAUGUUAAAGAAUGUUGGCACCCGGGUCAACAGAGCGUUCAGCAAUGUCCGAGCCCAGAUCGAAAACAAAAAGGACAAUGCCAAAGUGCAGGCGGGGAAAACCAUUGUGGUGAGAGAAGAAGGUACAAGAAGAAGAACGAUGGAUAUGGCUACAUUUCGUCCCGCGCCCGCGACAAAAAAAGAGGACCGUACAGCGAAGCACAAGUACAGAGAGCGCAAGGUCGACCCUGACGCUCAGCGGAUAGAGAAUGAAUACAAGGAGAAAGUAAAAAAGCAAUCGAAGAUGUCCAUGACCAAGGUGUGCAUGCGUGUUGGCGAGUUUUUGAAAACAUUUAUAGACGAUGUCUGGAAUGUACUGCCCUUGCCUAUUGAAUGGAUAUGUAAUGUCGUGAAAUUUCACUGGCUUUGCGGCCUCGUAAAAGUCAUAACCAAGGCAGUUGGUGGAGAAUGUGAUCCCAAUCGAAUUGUACCGAAGAAGUUCGGUACAAUGUAUGUGAAUUCCUUUAAAAUGAUGCAGGAAAUGGACCACAAUGUUGAAGUAGACAUCAAGUAUAAGGUGGUGGAAGGUAAGGAGGCGAUCGACUUCACUUCCGCUGAGGAAAUGAGGAGCAGGACGAUGCAAGACUUCAAGCAGGGCCGGAAGUGGGUCGAGUUCAUCUUCACACUCAUUAAGCGCGUCCUCGGCUUCACCUUCCUACUCGUCGUUAUGAGGGCAUACAAGUACUAUAAACGGUAUGUGGCCGAUCUGCGAUUUGACAACCUUUACAUCACGCCUUACUUCAAGAAGAUUGACGCUCGCAGAAGAUUCAAAGGUGGGGGUGCAGUCUUAGUGCUGGUUCGAGCGGCGCUGUCCGGGAUCGUGUUCUUCGUGGCACACACCCUCUACACGUUGCUAUUCAUUAUCCGAAAGCACAGCCGAGUGGACUUCACGCAGAAAGGGGUAAACCAUGUAGAAAUCAAGGUAGAGGGGACCGGGUUUAUGAGUCAGAUUGUACGUCUGUUCCUGUCUGGAUUGAAUACGCACACUCAAUUGAGGGAAAUGUCCUCAAAUCUCGGCUGUCUGCCCGACCCAAGGCCGGUCGAAUGGAAAUACUACGUGUACGUGUUCGGCAUUUACGGCGCUGUCUUGCUACUCAUUAUCAUGGACGCGUAUGCAUUGCGCCUGCGCAGGGUCACGGCGUCUUUCUUCUUUCGGAAACGUGAGAAGCAGCGAGUCCUGUAUCUGUACAAUAUGUUGAUGAAAAAGCGGAACUGCUUCCUCUUGGACAUGCGCAGGAAAGUGAAGAAAAAGGCUAAGCAAAUGAAACUAGGGAAGCGUAGCACGCUGAUGUACGCGCUGGGACGGGUAUUACCCUUCAUGCGGCUGUGCAAGAGUGCGAGAGGCACGUGUCUGAUAUGCGGAGAGAAGGAGAACUUCUCUUUCGCAAAGUGCACGACCCCGCGGUGUAACUGCGUCUACUGCAGGGAGUGCUGGGAAGACAUCAAAGAGAAAUGCUACGCCUGCCUGCCGCUAACGGAGUUCAGCUCUACCGACACCGACGACACGGAUUCGUCGGCAGAUGAUGAGAUAUGAGAUUCCGGCCGUCUUGAAUUUGUGUUAUCUGUGUGUUCAUUGAUCGUUGAAACAUUAUAGUUAUCCCAUUCUCGAACACAACAGUUGUGCUUAUCUUCAAAUGUUUUAUUAAAAAAUCGAUCAGUAA